AUGGAAAUCUGCUUUCUAUUCUCCAUUCUUCUCCCUGCCAGGAGGCCCUUGAUGGCAGACUGUUGGAUGAAUGGAAAAUGCCGGUUGAUGUGUAAAGAUGAUGAAGAGAAUGUCCUACGCUGCUCAAACCGUAAACGGUGCUGUAUCCUUAGUCGUUACUUAACAAUGGAUCCAGUAACAAUUGAUGGACCGUUCCCCUGGACCACUCCUAAGCUGACCAGAAAACCAAAAGCACCUAAGCCCAGACCUGGACACAGAAUUGGAAGAUAA